AUGGCCACCCAUAAUAAAAUGCUUGAAACACAAAUUGCGCAAUUAUCAUCCUCUAAUGCUUCAAGAGUUCCCGGUUCUUUGCCUCCUCAAGGGGUAAGCCCCGGUGAGACCCAUCAAGCUAAUGAUAUUGUGACAAGAAGUGGGAAAAACCUUGUGAAUUCAACUACUAAGAGUCCAACUCAACGAAAGAGUGAGCCCAUUCAUGAGAGUGAGCCUAUUAUUGAUACCACCAUAGAUGAGGAAGAGGUUGUGGUGAGUGAACCAAUGGUUUUUGAAGUUCCAAAGAGAGUGGUCCCUCCUUACAAGCCCAAAUUGCCUUUCCCAUCUCGUUUUUCCGGAGCUAACCUUGAUGAUCAAUUUGCAAAAUUCCAAGAAGUCCUCAAGAACCUCUAUGUGAACAUUCCUUUUGUCGAAGCCCUUAGGCAAAUGCCUACUUAUUCCAAAUUUUUGAUGGAGAUUCUAACCAAGAAGAGGGUUGUGGAUGUGGUUGAGACUAUUAGCCUACCCGAAAGUUGUAGUGCCAUUAUCCAAAACAAGUUGCCUACCAAAUUGAAAGAUCCCGGGAGUUUUUCCAUCCCUUGUGCAAUUGGGGAACUGGUCAUAGAUAAAGCCCUAUGUGACUUAGGAGCAAGUGUGAGUGUAAUUCCAUUCUCUAUUUUUCAAAGGUUGAAUGUGGGAGAGUUGAAGCCUACCCAAGUGUCCCUCCAAUUAGCCGACCGUUCGGUGAAGCUUCCAUUGGGAAAGGUAGAGGAUGUGCCUAUGAGGAUUCGGAUGUUCUUUAUUCCCGUUGAUUUUGUGGUCUUAGAAAUGGAGGAGGACCCUAAUGUCCCAAUCAUCUUAGGAAGACCUUUUCUUGCCACCGCGGGGGCAAUCAUAGAUGUGAGAGGUGGUAGACUAUCCCUUAGUAUGGGGGAUGAGAAAAUUGAGUUUCAACUUAACCAAAUCAUCAGAUGCCCCUCCCAUAUGGAUGAUUGUAAAAGAAUUGAUAUCCUUGAUGAAAUUGUCAAUGAGUCUAUGAGCAUGCAUAUGCAUUCUACUAACGAUGUUCUUGAGUAUGUUCUUGUGCAUGAUUCCAAUGAAUGCAAUGACACCAUGGAGACUUAA